AUGGCUGCAAUCAGCACUGCCAGAUGUGACCAAUCAACCACUCCAAUAUACGUGAAGCACAUAAAAUUCCAAAAAAGAACAUGGUUACGCACUCUUGCAAUUGCAACAGACGGUGCCUACUGGACAGACGCAGCAACAUUUUGCCCGAUUGUUUCAAUUCCUCGAAUGGUGCGCACGCCGCCAGUGGCCAGGCGAGUCAAUGAUGACAAUGUAUGCUGUGAUGGUGUGUUCUCAACGAACGCCCAAAAUAAGUGCGUGAGCGAACUGCCUGCAGAUACUUUCUGCAGAGCUGAGAAGAAGCGUGCAUCUUUGGGUCACCACAAGCUGGCUGCUUCGGAUGCUGCAGGAACCGCAUCCAUGAUGCGAAAGCGUCGCCCGUUGGGUCUGAUUUGCCGACCCAGCUGGAGGUAUUUUGGUACGAGGUAUUUGGCCUUUUGUGUGGGGAACAAAAAGAUACUCUACAGCGUGGGUUACGAAUACGUCCUCGUCGUUACUUCGUAUCUACGGACCAUGCGCUACAGCAGACCAACACGCACUCAACAGGAUGCAAUUGUUCUGGAGGAGGGUCGCCGGCUCUUUCAGUUGGAUGAAGCGUCCAUCAAUCGUCCUGUAAUGGCAGGCAAUGAACUGCUUAUUCCAUAUGAAAACUUACCUACCCAAGUCCGUAGUGGUGGUGUGAGACGGGUACGGUAA